AUGGCAUCUCUCCGCUCUUCCACCCGGGUCCUGGGCUCGGCCACCAAGGCUGCCUUCCGCCCUGCCGUCACCGUUCCUCGCCGUGGUCUGGCCACCCCCAGCGAUCAAGUGCCUGCGACAAAGGAGCCCAAGAUGAAGAAGUUCACCAUCUACCGCUGGAACCCCGACACGCCGACCGAGAAGCCCAAGAUGCAGGAGUACACGCUGGACCUGAACAAAACCGGACCUAUGAUGCUAGAUGCAUUGAUUCGGAUCAAGAACGAGCUGGACCCUACUCUUACCUUCCGCAGAAGUUGCAGAGAGGGUAUUUGCGGUAGCUGUGCCAUGAACAUCAACGGCCAGAACACCCUGGCUUGCCUUUGCCGCAUUCCUUCUGAGAACGCUUCAGACGUCAAGGUCUACCCUUUGCCUCACACCUACGUAGUCAAGGAUUUGGUGCCCGACUUGACCCAGUUCUACAAGCAAUACCGUUCGAUCAAGCCCUACCUUCAAAGAGACACUCCCGCCCCCGAUGGCAAGGAAUACCGUCAGAGUGUCGCCGACCGAAAGAAGUUGAGCGGUCUGUACGAAUGCAUUCUUUGCGCGUGCUGCUCAACCUCGUGCCCGUCCUACUGGUGGAACUCUGAGGAGUACCUGGGACCCGCCAUCCUCCUUCAAUCCUACCGCUGGCUUGCCGACUCCCGCGACCAGAAGAAGGCCGAGCGCAAGGCCGCCCUCGACAACUCGAUGAGCUUGUAUCGUUGCCACACGAUUCUGAACUGCACACGUGCCUGCCCCAAGGGCCUGAACCCCGGCAAGGCCAUUGCCGAGAUCAAGAAGCAGAUGGCUUUCUAA